CAACACAGUAGCUCUCCCUUGCAAGCCUGAGAGCUAAUCGAGAAAUCAGUCCAGCUUCGUAAGGCGGUUUGUGGUGUAAGAAAGGAGGUGAUUCCUCCUUGAAGAUUAACCAUGAAACCUCAAUCAAGAGUGUUUAUCUUUGGCCUGAUCGUCGUCGGAGCCGCCAUGCUCGCCAUCGGAAUUCUCAUCGGACAAUUCGGGAUCCCUGACGGUUCUUGCUCUGCCUCAUCAUCGCCAUCGACCAACACACCAAGUGAAAAUGAAACCAUCAGUGUUCUCAUGAUCGAGGAGUGCCAGGCAGAAAACAUUGAGGAACAUGUCAGACAAUUAAGCAGCCGACCUCAUUUGGCGGGAACACCAGCAGAGAAGGAGAAUGCUGAGAUGCUUGUUAGUCUCUGGACUGAGUACGGAUUAGAUUCGGUUCGGUUACUACCCUAUGAUGUUCUCUUGGCUUAUCCUGAUCCUGAUAAUCCGAAUAAGGUGAUGAUAACUGAUAAUGGAGUAGCUGUCUUCACCAGUGCUUUAACUGAGGCUGUUCUUCGACCUGAAGAUAAUAAUACAGAUGUUGUGCCACCAUUCAAUGCAUACUCAGCACAGGGAGAACCAGAGGGGCCUCUUGUAUACGUCAAUUAUGGUACAGCAGAUGAUUUUGACUGGCUAGCUAAGAACCGACCAGAUAUUAAUAUCAACGGGUCAAUCGUCAUCGUCAAAUAUGGAAAUAACUUUCGUGGACAAAAGGUAUUACACGCUCAAUUAGCAGGUGCUAUAGGAGUUAUCAUGUAUUCGGAUCCGAACGAUUAUGCCCGUGAUGGCUCUGAGGCGGUCUAUCAGAAUGAUUGGUGGCUACCGGAUACUGGAGUGCAGAGAGGGACCGUAAAGGUUGGGAGCCCAGGAGAUCCGAUUACUCCCGGAUAUCCUGCUAAACCUUAUAUGUACCGGUUAAACGCAUCGGAUCCCUCUUUGCCCACUAUCCCGGUUCAUCCGAUUUCAUACGGUGAUGCGCAGCAGUUGUUGAGUGAACUUGGAGGUGAUGAGGUCCAGAAUGCUUGGAAGGGAGGUCUUAACAUCACCUACAGAUACGGACCAGGAUUUACUGAUCCUAACAGAAAAGUGAAGAUGAGCAUACAAACUUCAAGAGAGAUUCGAACCAUCUAUAACGUAAUCGGUGUGAUCAACGGAGCAGUUGAACCAGAUCGGUAUGUGUUGCUAGGCAACCAUCGUGAUGCCUGGGUUUAUGGUGCUGUAGAUCCAUCUAGUGGUACAGGUAUUCUUAUGGAGACAACAAGGGUCUAUUCACAGAUGCUCAAAAUAGGUUGGCGACCACGAAGAUCUGUAAUGUUUUGCAGUUGGGGUGCUGAGGAGUAUGGCUUGGUCGGGUCUACUGAGUUUGUAGAGGAAUAUCAGAAGAUACUUGGUGAGAGAGCUGUGGCCUAUAUCAACAUAGAUAGUGCCGUGGUGGGGAACUUUACAUUUGGGGCAAGAGCAACGCCUCUUUUACAGCAGGCCGUUUGGGAUGCCGCCAAAAAGGUCCCUGAUGGUGAGACCCAGGAGCGCUCAGCCUAUGAUGUGUGGCUGGAACGCGUUCCUGAUCCGAGGACCGGAACGCCUUUCACGGCAGGGAUCGGGUCGGGAAGUGAUUAUGCUCCGUUUAUGCACCGGAUCGGAGUCCCUUCAACCGAUCUCCUCUACGUCUACGAUUUCAUAAGAUUGGGGUUGUCGUCUUAUCCCGUCUACCAUUCCGUCUAUGAGACCUUUUACUACGUGAAGAACUUCUUGGAUCGGAACUUUUGGCGUCACCUAACCGUUGCGAGAGUUUAUCUCGAACUCUCGCGAGAUCUUGCAGACUCCGUGAUUCUUCCAUUCGGCUGUGCGGACUAUGCCGCUAAACUACAACAAGCUGCACAAGGCUUGGAGAGAAAUUUUGGAGUUAAACUGACACAAAAUGGCGUCGUAUUGGAUGACAUGAAAUCAGCUCUGGAUAAUUUCACCGAAUCCGCGCAGAAUUUUGAAAUGGAAGUAUCUGAUAUCGAUUUGAACGACGCCUAUGCAGUAAGACGUGUUAAUGAUCAGAUGAUGCAGCUUGAACGAGCUUUCAUUGAUCCAGCUGGGCUACCAGACAGACAGUGGUUGAGGCAUGUCAUCUUUGCACCGAGUAGUGUCGAUACGUAUUCGGGUGCGGAGUUUCCCGCUGUGGUCGAUGCUUUAUAUCUUAUCGACGAUGACCCCGAUCAAGAGACUCGAUGGAAUAACGUUAGAAAACAACUAGCCAUCUUAACAUUCACCAUCCAAUCAGCGGCCAGUACGCUCAAUGACGUCACACAACUUUAACCGGACUGCCUUAUGAUAUCCAAUCACUGGCCAGUAUACGCUCAAUUACAUCACACAAAUUUAACCGGACUGACGUCAUACAACUUAAAAUGGUCUUUUGCUGCUACAUGUGGCAAUGAUUGGUCAAAAUGCUCACUUAUGUAUCAUAAUUUUAAAAUGUUUGAAUACUCAUGGAUAUUAUUA